CUUUAUUCAAUCCAUAUUUUUCUUUCUUCCUACUCUUCUCUCCACAGUUUAAGUUUUCUUGCCAUUUGUAUCUACAAAAAGUUAUCAUAGCAUUUAAGCAUUUAAGCUUCUCUAAUGGUCCCUCCCUAGCACAACCCACUUCUUCACACCACAGCUUUCAACAAAGAAAACAAAACCUACGCCACACCGCUCGUGGUCGUGCCUCUAUGUUUGUGAGACCAAAACGCGGCGUUGCUUCACUUGUUCUCUGUUUUCAAUUGCUCUGCUCUGCAUGAAACAGAGUACCCUGUUGGAUUGCUCUUUGCAAUGAGGUAUAUUCGGAACAACAGCUUCAAGAGGCUCUUCUCCUUUGGAAGACGUAGUUCAAAGGAGCAGGUUCUGAGUCCUGACGGUGUAGAAAGUCACGAGACUCUUAAAGAAGAACCUUCCGGAAGACCCUCUUGGAAGUGCUUCUCUUAUGAGGACUUGUUUGAUGCCACCAAUGGCUUCAGCUCAGAAAAUUUGGUUGGUAAGGGAGGGUAUGCGGAGGUGUACAAGGGAAUAAUGAAUGGGGGAGAAGAAAUUGCUGUGAAGAGACUCACAAGAACUUCGAGGGACGAGAGAAAGGAGAAAGAGUUUUUGACAGAGAUUGGUACAAUUGGUCAUGUGAACCAUUCCAAUGUGUUGCCUCUUCUGGGGUGUUGUAUUGACAAUGGCCUUUACCUUGUUUUCGAGCUAUCUUCUAGAGGUUCUGUUGCAUCUCUUCUUCACGAUGAAAAGUUGCCCCCUUUAGAUUGGAAAACGAGGCACAAGAUAGCCAUUGGAACAGCACGCGGCCUCCAUUACUUGCAUAAGGGCUGCAAGAGGAGGAUAAUCCACCGGGACAUUAAGGCAUCAAACAUUUUGUUAACAAAAGAUUUUGAGCCACAGAUAUCUGAUUUUGGACUAGCAAAAUGGCUUCCAUCUCAGUGGACUCAUCAUUCCAUUGCCCCAAUAGAAGGGACAUUUGGACAUUUGGCCCCAGAGUACUACUUGCAUGGAGUUGUGGAUGAGAAGACAGAUGUGUUUGCCUUUGGUGUGUUCUUGCUGGAAGUAAUCUCUGGCAGAAAACCAGUGGAUGGGUCACACCAGAGCUUACACAGCUGGGCGAAACCAAUUUUGAACAAGGGUGGGAUUGAAGAGUUGGUAGAUCCAAGGCUUGAAGGAGCUUAUGAUGUGACAGAGUUAAAAAGAUUUUCCUUUGCUGCAUCUCUCUGCAUUCGGGCUUCUUCAACUUGGCGACCCACCAUGACUGAGGUAUUAGAGAUAAUGGAAGAGGGAGAAAAAGAUGCAGAAAAGUGGAAAAUGCCAGAGGAAGAAGAAGAGGAAGAAGAAGAAUUCUGGGGUUUUGAGGAUCUGGAAUAUGAAUAUGAUAGCUCCUUUUCAAUGUCAUUACUUGACUCCAUUGGAAGCACUAGUUAGGAAUUACAUGAAGUGUUUGUAUAUAUAGAAAUUUCAUGUGGCUGUGGCUAUAUAAUGGAAUCUGUUGUAGCAUUUGAUUUUGGUUUCUGUGAAUGUGAAAUAUUUGAUUGUAAUUGAAACCCCAAAUGUGUCGGCAACUGGAGAGGAAAAUGACAGAGAAGGUUGUUCUGAUGCAGUAAUCAAUUUCAAUGAUUUUGGUAGUUUUGUGAAACAAGGGAUGAUGAUUGGGUCCAAAAUGUCCACUCGCUGCAAUUUUUCCACAUGAUGUGACUGAACUAUCAAUAAUAUGAGGUUUUAAGCA